AUGGCAGAGCAAGGUUGGGAAGGUGAUCCCUGGUCUUCAUACCCUGACGACGCUGGUUACGACAGCCACGCACAACAAGAUGCUGGAUAUGACCCCAAUGAAUACUGGCGAGUGGACACCGACGUGUAUCGUAUUUUCCUUGAAUUGGCACCCAAUUUUCACGGUGAAAGUGUAGAACUCGGUGAACUACCUGAACUUUGUCGUCAGAUAGGGCGGCCACUACGUGAUGCGCACGAACAAUUUCGCUUGAUGCAGGAGUUAGAUACAACAAACUCCAUGAUGAUCUUACGCCAUGACUUUGUGACGUGGUUACUAAACGAAAUUCACGCCGAGGAGCGUGCAGCGGCACCACGUCUAAUCCCAGAGGCAACACCAGCGUGGGAGGAGGUAAUUCAAGAAGUAUCUGAGGCUGACUUGGCUCUUGGUAAUAAAUCCGCAGUAUUCUACUACAAUACACUCUCAGGCGAGAGUAUCUGGGAGCUUCCGAGUUUGAUACGCUGCCUGUGGAAUCAUUUGGAAAUUCACGAAAAGAAUCAGCAAGAACUGCAAAUAUCUCGUGAUGGAAUCCCUAAUUUUCUAAGUGAAAAAUCAGAUGACACUCGCGAAAUGAUACAGCAACUUCGAGAGUUAUUUGUCAAAUAUGACGAAGAUAAAUCUGGUUAUUUAGACCCUGCCGAGUUCGAAGACUUGUGUGUGCACGUGGGGCAGUCCACUAAUGGCCGUGAAGGUCUUCUAACUCUAAUCCAAGAAAUAGAUCCGUACAGUUCUCCUGUUUCGGAUCAACCUGUUGUGUCGUGGGAAGCGUUGAAGUAUUACUGGAUGGUUACCGCACCAUUUCAGCGUCGUACAAGACUAGGCGAAGUAAAAUAUUCUUCGUGGGAGCGAAUCGAUCAGCUUAACAGACGCACAACACCAGUUCUCUAUCGUCACACAACAACGUUGCAAGAACGAUGGAGUCAUCCAGCAAUGGAGCAGCGUGUAGCCGAUCGACUUAACCAUCUAUUUCCUAGUAGCAAGAUGGAUUGGACACAAAAAAUCGAUCUUUUCCUCGAUAUUCAAAGGCAAACAAGUGGAUCCACAGCACUUGAGAAUCGUAGAUGGAAUUUAGAGACGUGCUGGCGGGUAUUUACACAGUUUGAGCACCAAAUGACUCGAAAACAACACGUUCAAGCAGUAAUAACCCAUCUUCAGAAUCGAUUUGGAAUAUCCACAGCAGACGAUGAGGAAUCUAUCUCGAUUGAUGAAAAUAUAAUCCGUGCGUGGCUAAUAUUUUGCACGAAGAAAGUGGAUAUGGGUGGCUGGGAGGAGGUUGAGGCCUCGGAAGGGCAGACUUACUACUAUCACGAGGUGAAUGGCGUAACGCAAUGGGAUCCACCUCAACUACAGACACAAAUGGCAACAAUGCUCACCAAACUUGGAGGGCAAAAUCUAUCGGCAGAUGAACAGAUUGCGCGGGUUUUCCGUCAAUAUGAUGUGGACGAGAGUGGCGAGAUGACAGUCGAUGAGUUUCAACAAUUUUAUCGCGCACUUUUGGGCCGUGGUAGCACAUCCAUGACUGACACUCAGAUACGACAGGUCUUUAGUGUCCUCGACGCUAGUGGCGAUGGAUCUGUGACGCUCGAGGAGUUCCAGCUCUGGUGGAAAACUAAACUCCAGCUGGAAGUCAAAGAGACUGACGAAGUUGAAAGUAUAACUCGUGAACAGCGUCGUCGUGAAAUUUGUCAUGAAUUUCUCGAAAAUGCAGAUGGAAUAGUACUCGUUCAUGGGAAAGAUGAAUCUGAUGCAAUAGAAUGUUUCGAGUCGAAUUUACUACCACGUCUCGUAGCUUUCUUAGGCGAGUUCCCAUUGCGUGGCUUGGCAUACCGUCGAGCAUUGAACGAGCUGGUAACAGAUCCUAUGGACCAAUUAGUCUCUCUCGAACGCUUUCUUAACUGGUACGAUACCUUUGAAACUACAGAACGAGAGAAGCUGGAGCUGCAACGAGCCAAACAACGCGCUCAAGCUGAGCUUCGAGCACAACACGAAGCUCAAGCUGCUGCUCGAGAGAAACAACGUCGACGUCGUAAACAAAUGCGCACUUUAAACGUAAUGAAUGAGAAAGCCACAGCCAUAACCGAACACGAAGCGGAGCAGCAACGCGUCAAGAAGAUUUCUGUACUGUUUAAAACCUUUGACUCCGAUGGCUCCGGAGCUUUGGACGAGCAUGAGCUGCUCCAACUCGUUAAAGCUCUUGGACAUGAGAUGGAUAUCGCACAGAUUAACCGUAUGAUGAAGGUCAUGGACUCUAGCGGAGACGGUCGGAUUAAUCUGGAAGAAUUCCUCGCAUUCUGGAAAGCUUUCGAGCAUCGCCGACCUGCUGUAAAUGCUGCUACGGUACAUCAAACACGUCGAGACGCUGUCUCUAAACCAACAGUUGACACUAUUGCACCUCACUUAACUACCAGUGACGCUGUAGCUUCACUGGCCGUGAGUCUAGAGAUGGUAAAAGACAGAGCUUUGAAAGUUACACUCGCUGAUUUACGCGGGGUUUUGAGCGAUUGGAGAGAUGAUUUUCUCGAGAAACGUAUCGAACAACAAGCUGAACACGACGAAGCGGAGAAGUUGAAAAAGUGGCGUGAAUUACGUGCAUUCAUCCCAACAAAGAAGCGAGCGUACGGUGCAAAACGUUUGGAUGUGUCAUGGAUUGAACCCGAAGUGGUAGACUGCGUCGCAGCGAUCAUAGCUGACAUUGCAAUACGCAUAGACCCACCUUUAAAACCUGAUGCUGCACAGCGGAUCCAAGCACUAGUACGAGGUCAUUUGGCACGGAGAUUUAUGUUUAAUCUGGUGUGCGAACGCUUUCAGAAGCAUAUCGAUCCACGAACUCGUUUGUAUUACUUCACAGAUAUUCUUACCGGUAAAAUCCUUCUCAAUCGACCGCUAUACCCCAUCAGCACGUCUUCAAUCGCCCCUUUGGAGCAUGGUAAUUGCUCUUCUAAGGCUGAAAAGUACCAAUUCGACAAACGUUUAUCAGAGCGUCGUGCGAAGAAGGAUUUCUACGAUCAAAUGUGCUUACCCUCGCUGUCAGAAGGCUCCAAACACCGUCCGAUGUUGGCGUUUAGUGCGUUCUACACGUAUGACGUGACUUCGUUAGUGCAGCAACGUUUGCUUGGCAACAUUUGGACGCAUCUGCGCUCUCCUGAACCUGAUUUGGUACUACUGGAACUAAUCGCUCGACGUCGUCGUCGACAGCUCAUGCAGCGUGGAGGUGAUGCAGCAGCCAAUUUGCCGCUUCACUAUGCAGUCCGCUCGCACUUUGGUGUUGCACUUAUACGUGCAAUGGUGGACGGAUACCCCGCGGCACUAACGGAGUGUGAUGUCUUUGGUAUGACACCUCUACAUAUUGGGUUCCGUGAACACUCCAGUGUUGAGAUACUCACUAUCCUAGCUCAGAAGCCGCAGAUACUAAAAAAUCGACAAAAAGGGGGGAAUAUUUCAGUUUGGGAGCGUCAAACAGUCUGUGGAGAUACCCCGCUACAUGUAGCCAUCCUUCAUCGUGCAUCAGUUGAAGUAUUACAGUGGGCUUUUGCAGCUUGUGAAGAAAUCAAGACUAAGGUACCGAAGUUAUUUAACGAGCGUGGAGAAUCUGCUUUUCACUCGUGUAUUACUCAACAGCGACAAUCGGGAGGAAAUUUCGUUUCUCCACGCUCAAGAACUGCAGUUUUGCUGUUCUUUAAGCACUUUAACGCGCAUGAAUUGUGUACCACAGCUACUAAACAUGGUGAUCUGCCCUUGCAUCUUGCUAUGGAUGGCUUUGAACACGAAAAACAGCGAGAUACUGACAUCGGCUGGUUGUGGCUUGUGGAUCUCUUGGUGAUGCACUACCCUGCAGCACUAUUAACUGUAAAACGUAGCAACGGGCUCUUACCGAUUCAUCUCGCGAUAAAAUACGGAUUCCCAGAAGAAAUGGCAGUAAGAAUCCUCACGCUCACGGCCGAAAUACUCCCAGAUAACCAGGAAAAUGCUCUACUCGAGGUCACAACAAUAGUCGGAACUCAAACAACGCUACUGCACUAUGCUCUUAUCCACCAGCCCCAAGCAACGCGUCUGCUCUCUCUGUUAAUUAGCCUCAUGCCUACGUCUUGUAAGUCGAUUUCUCUUCCAACUGGAGACCUCCCGAUACACGUCGCAGCAGCAAAUGGAGUCAGCCUGGAGAUUCUACACAAAUUAUGUGAAAUCUACACCGACGGCUGUCGAACAUACAAUGCAAAACGACAAUUACCACUACACCUGGCGAUACUGCACCAUGUCAGCGUUGACACCGCGAAAGUCUUGGUAAACCACUGUAAAGAGAUUCUCGCUGAUACGGAAGAACGCCGUGGUUUACGUGCCUUGCUGAUGGCUGCGAACACCAGAGUACCGGAUUACCAAGUGCUGUUGACGCUGUUGGAUGCUACACCAAGUCUCUCGACCGAGAAAAAGUCUAGAAAUCAACCUGUUACGCCGUUGUACGCACUCUCAUUACGACGCUGCACUCCAGAAAUUUCAAGUCACGAUGUUGCUAAACGCUGCCACGAUAAGUUCGAGAGUCUUGCGGAUGAAGAAGCCUAUUUCCUUGCCAUGGCCAAGACUAAACUCCGGAAACAGCACUAUAACCCGACACCACAAUGGACGUUCAGUAAGAUCAUCCAACUAGUCGAGCGUAAUCCUUUAGACGAGGCGCUUAUUCAGCGUGCGUUGUAUGCGACGAACGAGAAGCUUCGAGCUAUGAACGAUGCAGAGAGUAACCAGGAGGAUAACCGCAAGGGUUACGGCACACUCGUUGACACUGUAACACUUAACAGCGAUCUCAUGCUUGUGCGUACAGUGCAUCAAGUUAUGUUCGAGUUCCCGAGCAAUCCGCGACUUCAGUUGCUUGGCCAGGCAGUUUUGAACAAGCUACUCCCUUCGGCGUAUGUCAGGGCUGCGUACAAAGCGAAGAUUGACCCGUAUUUUAACUUGUAACAGUUAAGGAAGCUGAACGGCGCGACGAACGUCGUCCAGCAUCAACUGCGCAGCCUGCACUGCAUCGCUGUCGCUUCCACAUGCGCAGUCCAACCUACAAAAAAGUCUAAUCAAUACACAUAAUAUUUUAUCUAC